AUGGAGCAGUAUGAGGCUGGUAAGGGGAAGAAAGAAGGUGGUGACUCCCACAGGCAAACGAUCAUUCAAGGGACUUGCGCUUAUCCUCGUCGUCGUCGCGAGGACAUCGUGUGCCAUGCUCAGUCUGGCGAGCUCAAGGGUCUUGACCAGCACGAAGGUCUUAAAUUCUCCCGAAGUCUUCAUCAAGACAUUCUCGAAAAAGCGGCAGAGCUCCAACAAGCCGGAUAUGAAACCAGACUUAUCCAUUCAACGACGUUUCUCCAUCUUCGUCUCGUGGCUUCCCGCAUGGCACCAAACGGUGACACCCGUUUACAUGGCGAAGCAUACCUAGGUAUCUAUAUAUCCAUGUAUGGAGACGAAGGCAGACGGUUUAAUGGUAAGACCGUCUUCAUGAUGAACUGGGCUCACACGCAGUGGGGACCGGACUGCUUCCUGCACAAUUUUGGCAUCAAAUAUCUUGCGAUCUGGCCCGGCACCACGGCUGCCGAACGCAGCUGUAUCCUGGCGCGCUGGAACGACCCGGACGACGAUGCCCGUUUCUUACUCCUCAACAGCCGCCCCUCGGCGCUGGGACUGAACAUUCAGGGUGCGUGUCACAAAAUCGUUAUCUUUGACAUGCCAGACAACAUUCCACCCUUGGCCAGAUCAUCAGCCGUGUGCACCGUCUCGGCCCGGAACACGUCCAGUUCGUCUGGAUCGUCGGUGUCCUGA